GGUUUUGUUUCUUGCUGAGUCUGUUUUUGUUGAUCGGACUCCAUUGUGAAUCUCUGGAUUCUGAUUUUGCAUUUGAUAAUCGAGAUUUUCUGGGAUUUUCCAUGGGUGCACGAUCUUUGUUGUUCGCUAUUAGAGAAUGAGUUGUUCAUAUGUUCUUGUAGAGUAACAGUAAGGUUCAUAUAAUGCAUUGUUGUAGGGAUGAUUAAUUAUUUUCACCGGUUUUAGAUUUUUUGGGUCGUUCCCUUUGAUUAACUGAAAUAUGAUGGUGCAAACGAAGUAGCCUUUAUGUGAAUUACAAGUAACGUUCUUUCCUCGUUAAAGAGGUUGAUGCAUUGUUGACACAGUGACCUUUGAUGGCUAAGUCUGUGUGAGUUGCUUGGUUUUUCUGUAAGCAUGACCGAUUAAUACCGUGUUUUUACAUGUCCAUAGAAUAUUGAGUAUGUCACGAAAUGAUUGAUUCGACCUUUAGAACAGUUUGUUAGUUGUGCAAAAACAUGAGAUUUGCCCAGUGCGAUUUUCUGUGAUAUGUUUUGAUGUUUGAUUAUGAAACUAUGAUGAAUUCAAAGAUUCAAGUGGCGGGAUUGUCUUUCCAUUACCAAGAGAUUGGGAGAGUCAGAGUGUAAACAAUUAGGGAUACUUUUCGCCUUCUGCUGGAGAUUCUACGAUUGGCAUGAUUUCUAAGAGCAACUUGAGCGUGAAAUGGCAGAAGAAGGUACUUGAAGGUAUCGAGAUCGACACUAGUCAGCCUCCUUAUGUUUUCAAGGCUCAAUUGUAUGAUUUGACCGGAGUCCCUCCUGAACGACAAAAGAUCAUGGUCAAAGGUGGACUGCUAAAGGAUGACGCAGAUUGGUCAACUAUAGGAGUGAAAAAUGGCCAAAAACUGAUGAUGAUGGGAACUGCGGAUGAAAUAGUGAAGGCUCCAGAGAAGGGCCCUGUUUUUGCGGAAGAUCUUCCUGAGGAAGAGCAAGUCACUAAUCUGGGUUAUAGUGCUGGCCUAUUCAAUCUUGGCAACACCUGUUACAUGAACUCCACUAUACAGUGCUUGAAAUCUGUCCCUGAACUGAAAUCUGCUUUAUCCAAAUACUCACUUGCCGGACGAAGCAAUGAUCUGGAUCAGACUUCUCACAUGCUCACAGUUGCUACCCGUGAUUUAUUCGGUGAGCUUGAUAAAAGUGUCAAGGCCGUCGCACCUAUGCAAUUCUGGACGGUAUUACGUAAAAAAUAUCCUCAGUUUGGUCAAUUGCAUAAUGGAAUCCACAUGCAGCAGGAUGCUGAAGAAUGUUGGACACAGCUGCUGUACACACUUUCUCAGUCACUUAAAGCACCAAGUUCUAAUGAAGAUCCUGACACUGUGAAGGCUCUUUUUGGUGUCAAUCUUCUGAGCAGGUUGCAUUGUCAAGAAAGUGGCGAAGAAAGCUCAGAGUCAGAAUCUGUCUAUUCUCUUAAAUGCCAUAUUUCGCAAGAGGUUAAUCAUUUGCAUGAAGGACUAAAACGCGGACUGAGAGGAGAACUUGAGAAAACAUCCUCUUCUCUGGGUCGUACUGCACUUUUCAUUAAGGAAUCUUGUAUAGAUUCACUGCCAAGGUACUUGACUGUUCAGUUUGUGCGUUUCUUCUGGAAAAGGGAGACCAAUCAGAAAGCAAAGAUUUUGCGGAAAGUGGAUUAUCCAUUGGAGUUGGAUGUUUAUGAUCUUUGCUCUGAUGAUCUCCGGAAGAAACUGGAAGCUCCUCGCCAGAAACUUAGAGACGAGGAAGGUAAAAAGCUUGGUCUGCAGACCAGUGCAAAGAACAGCUCAAAAGAUAAUGAUGUGAAAAUGGCAGAUGCAGAGGGAUCAUCAAAUGGAAGUAGAGAAUCAUCCACAGAUAAUCAACAGGAAGGUGCUCCUUCAGAGAGAGAAGCUCAUAUGACGGGAAUUUAUGAUCUGGUCGCGGUAUUGACCCACAAAGGCAGGAGUGCAGAUUCUGGCCAUUAUGUUGCAUGGGUCAAGCAAGAGAGUGGCAAGUGGAUCCAAUACGAUGAUGAUAGCCCCAGCCCUCAACGCGAGGAGGACAUCACUAAGCUCUCGGGAGGAGGUGAUUGGCAUAUGGCAUACAUCAUAAUGUACAAGGCUCGCACUGUCUCCAUGUAACCCUCUCUCGGUUUUCUUUGUUGAUUAGUUCUUUCGGACCAGUGAGGUUUGAUAGAACUUUUAUAGACUUUCUUCUUUUUCUCUCUCAAGUCUGGAAUUUUGUUUUCCAUUUCUCCGAAAUUUCAUUCUUUUUUCUGAACCAUUACUAUUUUAUAAGACUAUAAAAUAUUAUGUUAUUAAGACUUU